UCUCUCUCAGCAAAUGCGUGUCUGAUGGAUUACAGACUCCCGCAGGCGCACCACCCCCAACCAUAUGUCGGCCCUUCCUACUCAUACCUCUUAAACCCUACCCCUGACUUUAAUCCGACCGUCGGGCACGAUAAUUCCGCCCCAUCUGCCGAUCCCGGGGUUCUCCGUCCGCCAGGCGGAGACCCCUAUGCCGCGCACGCUGGCGGUUAUGAGGGGUACCUCGCCGGAUCCUACCCCUAUAUCCAGGAGACGGCGGCGGGGACGGCGACGGCCGGCGGGGUGGGUUUGACGUCGUACUAUUAUGGCGCUGGAGGAGGGGAGGCGCACACCAGCUUUGGAGCUAUGAGGAAGGCUGUCAGUACCAGGAAAACCUUUGAAGAUUUGGAGACAAAGAAACAGAAGCUUAUUCAGGGAGGUGCAGCUGCUGAUUCUGUCAGAGUUUGCACAGUGUGCAAUGUCGUCUGCAAUAGUGACACAGUUUUUGCUGCACAUCUUGCAGGAGAAAAGCAUACCAUGAAGGCACUAGGAAGAAGUUCCAGUGGGCUGGCUUCCAACCUUGUGAAACCCAUAAAUUGGACAAAAGUGGCACAAGUGGCAUUUAAAAGUGGAAUAAACAAGGGCUUGAAAAAGACUCCCAAGGUUGUGAAAUCUGUGUAUUGUGAGGUUUGUAGGAUUGAUUGUAACAGCCAAGAAGUCCUCAACAGCCACAAACUGGGCAAGAAACAUAAGCGAAAUUUGCAGAAGCUGCAGGAGUCCAUCACACCAAAGCCCAUGAAUGCUCCUGUUGCGACUGCUGGGAAGGAAAAUGCAGCAACUGGCAAAGAUAAAGUUGCAGAUGCACAAAUGAAGAGAGACGCAUUCCCAGCAUCCAAGCAGGAUUUGGAGACAAAGAAAAGAAAGGUCUUGGAAGGAGGGGCACCUGCAGAUGCGGUUAGAGUUUGCUCUCUUUGCGAUGUUGUUUGCAACAGCCAGAAAGUCUUUGAUUUACAUGUUGCAGGGCAGAAACACCUUGCUGUGGUGAAGAAACAACAGGAGGCAACGCUUAGCUAGGCGCAGUCUGAAUGGUGAAAGGCAUGUCUUGUGGGGUGCCUUUUUCUUUUGUGGUUCAUUGAACCAUAGUCUAAACCCCUUUUAGGUCUUUCAGGUUGAAUGAUCACAUUCUAAACCCCUUUUAGGUCUUUCAGGUUGAAUGAUCACAUUCUGGCUAUCAGAUAUGGAAGACAAGUUGAAUUUGGUUUCCGCCAAGCCAUUGGGUGUUGGAACCAGCAGCUGUUAGUUUGAAACAUGAUACUUGUAAAGUUUCUUCUGAAUUUGAUUUUUCAAGGGAAAUGUCAACUAAAAACAUGUAUGUCUGGGAAUAUUGUCUCACAUGUUCCAGUUUUCAUGUUGCAUUUCAAACACUUACUUUUGAAUGAAGCUUGACACUCUAAGAUGUGCUUUAAGAUCCAGAA